CUUCCUGCUUCACUCGCACGUUUCGCGGUAUGGGGCAGAGCCUCUCGUCCGCCAGCACCACCUGAGGAUCCCGGAAGCUGCCCCAGCGAUGGAAGAGGACCAGGAACUGGAGAGGAAAGCAAUAGAUGAACUGCUUAAAGAGGCAAAACGUGGGAAAACGAGAGCAGAAACAAUGGGAGCUAUGGGUUGGAUGAAGUGUCCUCUCGCUGGCACAAAUAAAAGAUUUCUAAUCAACACAAUUAAGAAUACACUGCCCUCCCAUAAAGAGCAAGACCCUGAACAAAAAGAGGGCGAUAAGGAACCUGAGGAAAGCCAGAACCAGAAAGAAGAAAACCGGAAGAAGCACAGAGCCCACCCUUACAAACAUGGCUUCCGAGCCCGAGGCACAUCCCGUCAUUCUCCACCGAGGGAGCGGAGCAGCCAGGACAAGUACGAAAAGCGGUCAAACAAGCGAUGAGGCAGGACGGAGUGUGAGCAAGACUGUCCCCAGCCAUGAGUGGUGUUAUUUCUGGGACUGGGGCUGUGCAGAGAGGGUUAUCAGGGACAGGCCUUGAGUUGGCAGAGCAAACAUCUAAGAGUGAUUUUUUUAUAGUAGGUCCUUUGUUGUGAAACACGCAGAAAAUGACCUAGAAACUCUCCAGGGAA